GCUCCAUGGGGACGGAUCCGGAGGAAUCACGGCAGAAUCGGGACCGCUGACAAGAGGGAGAGGACCACGGUUGUCUUAAACCGUUCAAGGAAACCAGUUAAAAUCGCAAUUCAACAUGUGUUUUACUUACUGAAUUGUCUCCGAACAAGUGUGAUGGAGCUGCAGCGAAGGGUUUCUGUGUCUGCAAAUGAAUAUGAAGAGAGUGAAGGGAUGCAAAGAACUGAUUCUAUAAAAACGGAUGAUAUUUAUCAGUGUCUGAACCAGCCACCCAUUGCAGUCCCUCAAUACAAUACGAAUACAGCAUUGAUCUCAGAACAAAGGUGGCAGAAAUUUGUGGUUUUGCUUUUUGCUGUGAAUUUUCUGAUCUUGCUGAUCAUACUUGCCAUCACAGGAAUGAAUUACUCUAUAAACAAAGAGGCACAUCUGAGACAAGUGGCUAACGGGCAGAGAGCAAAUGAUCAAGAAGGAUGGCAACUCCAUGACAAUGUGUUCUAUUUGUUCUGGAGGGACCACAGUGACUGUGACACAGCUAUUAAAUUCUGUAAAAAGAGGAAUGCCAGCCUAGUCAAAAUAACAUGGAAUAAUAAGGUCUGGUUGCAGUCCAGAGUCAAUGGAAAGCAAUUUUUGGUCUCAGGAUCUUCAGAUGGAUCUGGAUACAGUGCUCCUGAAUUUGUGGAUGAAGACCUAGAGGAUAACGAGGAUAAUCGGUGUGGCAUCUUGACCCCUGGAAUUAAUAAGGAACACACAGGAUUUGUUUGUGAAAGGGAAGAAAAAAAUCAAUAUUAGAAGUGUUUUUUAGGACUCAGCUUAUUAUGUUCUCUUUUCUAACCUAUUAUUCAACUUCCAUUCCAACCAACUUAACUGUAGAUUAUAAUAAAAAGUGUGUUAAUUUGUAAAAGUAGAGAAAUGCAGCAUACUUUUAAUGUUUUUGCAUAUAGACGGUUUCAUCGGACGCACGUGAUACACGUCUGGAUCCGAACUUUACUUCCGGUUUCGUUUUUUUAAUGGUCUGACUAGUUGCUAAACUGAUCUCUUUAACAAAUGCCUCGUCGGAAAUAACAAAUGUUUUGGUUUCCUAGGUAAUCUAUGUGUUGUUUUUUUGCUUGUUAUAUAAAUAAACUAAGUUUAAAGUA